ACCCAGAUCACACUUUGCUGUCCUGCUGAACAGAAAUGAAGCCUUGGGCAGCUGCUUCCUGUCUGCUGCCUGUUCUGGCUGUGUUUCCUUUUCUGUCCUUCAUCACUGCGUCUCAGGAUGGAGCCAGGAUCAGACGGUACUAUGUUGCUGCUGUUCCUAUCCUCUGGGACUACUCUGAUGGCCAUGGACACGAAAGGCCGGGUCCCUCCUAUAAGAAAGUGGUUUUCAGAGAGUACGAGGAAGGCUUCAAGCAGGCUAAGACUCAUCCUCCAUGGUUAGGUCUGCUGGGCCCAACCCUGAGAGGUCAGGUGGGCGAGACCCUUGUGGUCACAUUCAAGAACAUGGCGGACAAACAAUUCAGCAUCCACCCACAUGGCAUUGCUUAUGGCAAGCAGUCAGAGGGCGCCCAUUACUUUGACAAUACGUCUCAACAGGAGAAGGAUGAUGACGUGGUGCCUCCUAACGGCGAGCACACAUACUACUGGGAGGUCAACUCGGAAGUAGCCCCCCGAGAGGCAGACCCCCCCUGUAUUACCUACACCUACCAGUCACACUUCGACAUAGUCAAAGACUACAACGCUGGCCUGAUUGGAGCGCUACUCAUCUGUAAACCAGGCAGUCUUGACGAGACGGGGCAGCAGGCUUCCUUCCACCACGAGUACGUCUUCAUGUUUGGGGUAUUUGAUGAGAGCCUGAGCAGAUCUAGUGCUGUAGGAGAAACUACCGACAACCCUGUCAAACACACCAUUAACGGCUACAGCAAGGGAGCGAUCCCUGGUUUAAGCAUUUGUGCUCACACCUCUGUCAGCCUGCACCUGGUGGGCAUGAGUUCAGACCCUGAGGUGUUCUCGGUGCACAUGAAUGGGCAGAUGCUGCAACAUUUCGGGCAUCGAGUGUCGUCUGUGGGCCUGGUCAGUGGCACUGCCACCAGUGCCCAGAUGACCGCCGUUUACCUUGGCCGCUGGCUGCUUUCAUCUUACACCAACAAGCACCAGGAGGCUGGUAUGCAUGGCUUUGUAGAUGUAGUGAGCUGUAAGGGCUUCGAUGCUCCAAAGCGCAAGCUGACCAUCCAGCAGAGGAGAGAGAGCCAGGAGUGGACCUACUACAUCGCCGCAGAGGAGGUGGUCUGGGACUACGCUCCAAACAUGCCUGCUUACAUGGAUGGGGACUUCAAGUUCAAAUACUUGAAGCAGGGCCCACAGCGCAUAGGCAAGAGGUAUAAGAAGGCUGUGUUCACUCAGUACACGGAUGACUCUUUCACGAAGAGGGCAGAGAAGCAGCAGAGGAAGAUGGAGGUGGGCAUCAUCGGCCCCGUCAUCAGGGCACAGAUCAGAGAUGUCAUCAAGAUCGUGUUUAGGAACAAGGCCUCGCGGCCCUACAGCAUCUAUCCUCAUGGACUGACCAUAGAUAAGGAAGCCGAGGGGGCCAACUACCCGGCCGGAGGCAACCAGACGCACGGGGUGCAGCCUGGCCAGACGCACACCUACGUGUGGCACGUGAUCGUGGAGGACGAGCCCUCCGACAGCGACUCCAGAUGUCUGACCCGUAUGUACCACAGUGCUGUGGACACACCCAGAGACAUCGCCUCCGGACUCAUAGGCCCCCUGCUCAUCUGCAAGAGCCAGUCCCUCAACAUCAAAAACGUACAGUUGAGAGCAGACAAGGAGCAGCAUGCCAUGUUUGCCAUAUUUGAUGAGAACAAGAGCUGGUACCUGGAAGACAACAUCCGGUCUUACUGUGACCCUAACAAAGUCAGGAAGGACGACCCAGACUUCUAUCAGUCCAACGUUAUUCACUCCAUCAACGGGUACGUGUUUGAGAGCGGCCAGUUGCUAGGCUUCUGUAAUGGAGAGAUUGUGACAUGGCACGUGUCCAGCGUUGGAGCACACAGCCACAUCCAGACCAGUACCUUCUACGGUCACGUGUUUGAACUGAACAAUCGCAUAGAGGACUUCCUCAGCCUGUACCCCAUGACUGGAGAGACCAUCAGGAUGGACAUGGAUAACAUCGGCGUGUGGCUCAUAUCCUCGAUGAACUCCCAUGAGACCACCAAGGGAAUGCGGGUGAAGUUCCAAGAUGUGGAGUGCUUCCAAGACUACAUCUAUGAAUUUGAGGAUGGGGCCGAGGCGGAGGCCGAACCCAAGGUCGGGUUUGAUGUGUGGCUGCCUGAGGACAUCGACGCUAUAAAAGAAGAAAAAGAGAAGCACGUGACGAAGGACAAGACAAAAGAUGUGGAGAUAGACGAGGACACGGAAAUGUGGGCCAACUUGUUGGGCAUUCGAUCCCUCAGUAAGCAGGCAGAAGGCUCGAGUGUGGAGCAGUUGGACCUGUCUUUCCUGGAUAAGCCUGGGAAAGAGGAGGCUGAGAAUGCAAACAUCUUGUCCAACAGUUUACCUGCCUCCAUCCUUCCAUCAUUCUUUAACACCACGUCCGACGGUGACAUGAAGAAGGUGGAAAACCACACCGUUCCAGAGCCAGCACUGGAGUCACUAAAGAACACGAUAUCGACUGAUUGGGAAAUGAGUGACGUACACAACCGGACAUCACUGAAUUUCAGCCUCUGGGAAAACACAACAGAACCACAGGGCACCAGUCGUGAUCAGUUAAGCAGCUCUGCGGCUGAGACAAGGAACAUAACUGGGCAGAACAUAGGUUCAUUAAUAGAGGAUGGCACUAUGGACACAGAGGCUGGCAAGAAUAUGAGUUCAAACAGGGACAGAACCGGGAGAAACCAGACAUUUGUGAGCGAUACUCUAGACCUUGAGGACCAGGAGAAAGUCACUCGGGGAGAUGUUUUCUCCUAUACUGAACUUUCAGAAGAAUCCUCCAGUGAGACAGACCUGUUCGUUACCAACAGGUCUCCCAUCCCAGAUUCAGCUAAAGAAAAUGGCUCAGAUUUGAUUAGUAACAAAACUGGCCAAUUAGACUUACCAAGAAAUGCAACCAACCAAACACACCUAGAUCUAAUUGUGUUUAGGGAGUUAAAACUCCAGUUAGAAGAACAAAUGGACAAUGAAAUAUUUGUAAGCAACACGUCCAACAACACCUUUCCACCCCCCCUAAAUGGCAUAGCUUUGACAGGUAACAUAACUAGCCAGCUAAAUGCAUCAGAAAAUGCAGCUAACCUAUCAAUUACUGGAGUGAGUAAGUUGAACUUCAGCCAACCAGAUGAAUACAAUAUGACAAGUUUUGACCUAAAAAUUGAGGCAAAAAAUCUGACCAAUCAGAAUCAUUCCCUGGAAAAUAUGACCAGUGUAAAUGUAAAUAAUCUGGUCAACCGGUCUAUCGAUGCAGUGGUAAAUAGGGAACAUUUCAAUGAAACAUAUAUUCAAGUAGUACCACUACAAAAUGUCACCAACAGUGACCGGAUGAACUCAUCUGAGGUCAGCUUUGAGAGAAAGGAGGACAUAAUUGCUCACCAAAUUGACCAGUCAUCAUCAUCUGAGAGUGUUUCCAAGGCGACCAACAGCCUUGAUGCUGGAAAUCUGUUUAUACCAACCAGUCACACGCAAGAGAACAGCUCAGAGGAGGUCCCAUCAGAGACUUCCGAAAGCAUAGAGGAAGUGGUCAUCUGCUUGAAGAACGGCAGCUGCCAUGCCGUCCGCACCACACCCCUCAACCCCCAAGAAGAGCACUGGAGCUACAAUGCAACCCACCACGCAGUCGCCAUGGAGAUGCCUGACCAUAUGAUCAAAUACGUAGGGAAUGAGCUGCCAAAGCCAGCAUUGAGUCCUAAUCCAACACCAAAGCCAACACAGAAACCCAAGAUCAUUACUGAGUACCGCAGACAUAUUCCUGAGAAAGGCCACAGCAUGAAGACCAAGAAGAAGAAGGAGUACAAGGCUCAACGCAAGGAGACCGGAGGGUUCUCCCCUCGCGGGGUUCGACCCCAGGCCCCGGCAUUCAGCCCCCGCGGGUCACGGCCCGUCACCAACGAGGAGGAUCUGAUCAACAAUGCCAUCGUCAUUGGCAUUCCUCGACCUGACUUCAGUGACUACGAGCUGUAUCUACCAGGGGAGCUUUCAGAGGAGCUGACUCACAAGUCAAAGGACCUAGAUAAGGAUGAUUAUGAGUAUGUGGACUUCAAGGAUCCGUACAGUCACAGUCGUUUUGUCGAGUUUAACCCGGAUGACAAGUACUUCCUGAAGACCGGAGAGGAGAAAGUGAGGACCUACUUUAUAACCGCAGAGGAGGUCGAGUGGGACUACGCCGGCUACGGACAGAGGAGGAUGGAGAAGUGGGGAGACAACAGCCCCUACACCCAGUUCACCAAGGUGAUCUUCCGGGGUUAUCUGGACAGCUCAUUUAAGACUCCUGACCUCCGGAGGGAGAUGGAUGAGCACCUGGGCAUCUUGGGGCCAGUCAUCAAGGCUGAAGUUGGAGAGACCAUUAUUGUGUUCUUCAGGAAUCUGGCUAGCCGUCCGUACUCUCUGCACCCUAAUGGGGUCACCUACACCAAGCAGACCGAAGGCCUGUCAUACGAGGAUGAGUCUACUAUGUACUGGUUCAAGGAGGAUAACGAGGUCCCGCCCAAUGGCAGCUACACAUACCUAUGGAAUGUCAAGGAAAAGGCCGGGCCUAAGGCACACGAGUCAGACUGUCGCACCUGGGCCUACUACUCUGGUGUGAAUCCUGAGAGGGACAUCAACUCUGGUCUUAUUGGUCCGUUGCUGGUGUGCCGGAAGGGCACCAUGGCCAAGAGGAUGGUGGACACGCGCGAGUUCACGCUCCUCUUCAUGACCUUCGACGAGUCGCAGAGUUGGUACUACGAGAGGAACCGCGAGCGUCUGGAGAAGACGAACAGGAGAGCCCUGAGGGAAAGCACCUUCAAGUUCCACGCCAUCAACGGCAUCAUCUUCAGCCUGAAGGGCUUGAGGAUGUACACCUCCCAGCUAGUGCGGUGGCACCUCAUCAACAUGGGCUCUCCUCAGGACCUGCACAGUGUGCACUUCCAUGGGCAGACCUUCUUGAUUCAGCACACGCACACGCAUCGCCAGGGGGUCUUCCCUCUGCUGCCGGGGGGCUUUGCGACACUCGAGAUGAGGCCAUCCAAGCCAGGCUUGUGGCAGCUGGAGACAGAGGUCGGACUGUACCAACAGCAGGGGAUGCAGACCCUCUUCCUGGUCCUAGAUGAUGAUUGUUUCCAUCCGCUGGGACUUGAGUCUAGGAGUGUUCCGGAUCAACAGAUCACAGCAUCAAGCCACAGAGGAUACUGGAAUCCCUCUUUAGCCAGGCUCAACAACCAUGGCAAGAUCAACGCAUGGAGCACCGACAAGGCAGACAGCUGGAUACAGGUGGACUUCCAGAGGUCUGUGGUGAUCAGCCAGGUGGCCACCCAGGGAGCUAAGGAGAUGUUCAGGUCCCAGUAUGUCCUCAACUACACCAUUUCCUACAGCACCGACCGCAGGAAGUGGACCUAUUACAAGGGAGACAGCAUCCAUUAUGCGAUGAUGACAUUCACAGGUAACCAGGAGGCUAAUGAGGUGAAGGUCAACACCUUUUUCCCCCCUCUAAUUGGCCGGUUCGUGAGACUCCACCCUCUAAGCUACUACAACAUGCCCACAUUACGGAUGGAGUUCUACGGCUGUCAGCUUGAUGGUUGUUCUGUGCCCCUGGGUAUGGAGAGUGGACUGAUAGAGGAUCAUCGCAUCACUGCCAGCUCCACAGCUACGAGCUGGUACUCUGGAAAAUGGUACCCUUCUCUGGCACGCCUCAAUAAGCAGGGCACCAUCAAUGCAUGGCAGGCAAAGUACGACGACGCGGGGCAGUGGCUUCAGAUAGAGCUGGCUCAGGUGAAGAAGAUCACAGGGAUCGUCACCCAGGGAGCCAAGGCUCUAGGCAAGGAGAUGUUUAUCAGCUCCUACUCUCUGGAGCACAGUGACGACGGAAUAGUCUGGAACCAGUACACGGACGAUGAUGACUAUCUGUCUAAGGUGUUCCCAGGUAACACAGACAACAAUGGCCACGUGAAGAACUACAUCCACCCUCCCAUCUUCUCUCGCUUCAUACGAAUCAAACCCCAGACCUGGAGGAGCUCCAUCACCAUGAGGGUGGAGCUGCUGGGCUGCGACUUUGAGUGAAACAAAUGCACACACAAACACACUGUGGCACACACGGGCACAAAGUUGACUCACACACAUACACCCAGACAGAUGCACAGACAGAUUAAACAAACAUGCGUGUGCAAACACAAGGAAUGGAAUGUCGUUGAAACUCAAGGAGGGGUUUGGAGGAAUCUUCAUGACAGCACAACUGUUAUUAUCAGCUUAUAUUGUCACCGAUGAAUUCACUACAGACACAUUAGACGUUCCAUACAUUGUUUUUCCUUAUUGUGUUUCCAUACAUUGUUUCCAUACAUGUUCCUCAGCAGUAAAGAUAUGGGCCUGAAAGCAUGCAGAAUAUACACAUUGGAACCAGAGAUUAGUAGAUGAUGUAAUUAUAUUUGUUUAUCUUAAUAUGUAAUAUUUUGUAUCAUAAUUGAAGAUUUUCAUGUAAAUAUAUCGUACUUAUCAAUAAAUAGUGUCUGUCAUUAACAUUA